AUGUCUAUCAAGAGUCAGAAAUUAGUGGCUGCAACUGCAGUGGGACAAGAUAUAUUGCGGGGAAGAGCACUAAUCUACAAGUACGUGAAGUGUGGGAAUUCGGGGAAUGAAAGUGAAGUUAAUAGAGGCUGGCAAUUACUUAAUGAGAUGGUGGGAAGUUACCCCAUGCUUAAUAAAGGCUGCACUGCAGAGAAGGGUUCUCAUAUCAGGAAAUGUGUUGAGAUUGAGAGUAUAGGAACUGAUGCUUUGUUCUUGAGUUCGUAUGAAUCCAUGUCUGUUCCUACUUUACACUGUCCGGAGUUUCGUCCAGAUUCCAUAUACAUCAUUGAUCAUGGGUAUACAUUUGUGCUACUCUACUCCGGAAAUGGGAACAUUGCUGGUCAAAGCUUCAACUGCGGUGCAGGGGGCGAAUUACUUGGAUUUUGCCCACUAUAG